CGGCAGGCGGUGCUCCGAGCAAGAGCUGCUGCUGAAAAAGAUGGCGGGGAACGGCGCGGGCUCUGCUGGUGCAGGGAGCGGGGAGAUUAUACAGCUCAAUGUUGGGGGUACCAGGUUCAGCACUUCUAGACAAACACUAAUGUGGAUUCCAGACUCAUUUUUUUCCAGUUUGCUGAGUGGAAGAAUAUCAACACUGAAAGAUGAAACUGGUGCUAUAUUUAUUGAUAGAGAUCCUGCAGCAUUUGCACCUAUUCUGAAUUUUCUUCGGACAAAAGAAUUGGAUUUGCGGGGAGUAAGCAUUAAUGUGCUCAGGCAUGAAGCAGAAUUUUAUGGAAUCACUCCUUUAGUAAGGAGACUACUCUUAUGUGAAGAGCUGGAGCGUUCUUCUUGUGGCAGUGUCCUCUUUCAUGGCUAUUUGCCACCUCCAGGUAUUCCAAGUCGUAAGAUCAGCAACUCCUCAGGGACAUCUACAGAUGUUAGAACACCUCAGAACGGCUCUGAAGGUGAGGCCCGAGGAGGGAAUAUGCAGCCUUCACUUGCUGGUACUGGAGAAGAUUCAGUUAGGCUGGGUUUUCCUGUGGAUCCACGAAAAGUUUUGAUAGUGGCUGGUCAUCACAACUGGAUUGUAGCUGCCUAUGCUCACUUUGCAGUUUGUUAUAGAAUUAAAGAAUCUUCUGGAUGGCAACAGGUGUUCACAAGUCCAUACUUGGACUGGACUAUUGAACGCGUGGCUCUGAAUGCAAAAGUUGUUGGUGGUCCACAUGGAGACAAAGAUAAAAUGGUUGCUGUUGCAUCUGAAAGCAGUAUAAUUUUAUGGAGUGUUCAGGAUGGUGGUAGUGGUAGUGAAAUAGGAAUAUUUAGUCUUGGAGUCCCUGUAGAUGCUCUCUUCUUCAUUGGUAACCAGUUGGUGGCUACUAGUCAUACAGGAAAAGUGGGAGUAUGGAAUGCUGUAACUCAACAUUGGCAGGUAACUUAAAUAGAAAUGCCUACAGUUCUGUGUUUUAUGAGGAAACAACAAGGAUAUACAUUUUUAGAUUAUACAUUCUGUUACUUCAUUUUUGUACAGUUUUUCAGUAUUGAGAUGUUUCAGGAUACUGUCUCUCAAGAAUACCCAAGAUCUUUAUAUUACACUUUAUCAGUUAUUUGUGCAGAUAACAAUCAUGUUCGGACAUGGACAGUGACACGUUUCCGAGGAAUGAUUUCAACACAGCCAGGAUCCACUCCCUUGGCAUCAUUUAAAAUUUUGUCCUUGGAAGAGACUGAAAGUCAUGGCAGUUACUCUUCUGGAAAUGAUAUAGGACCUUUUGGAGAGCGAGAUGAUCAACAGGUAUUUAUCCAAAAAGUUGUUCCCAUCACUAAUAAACUCUUUGUGAGGCUUUCUUCUACUGGGAAAAGGAUAUGUGAAAUUCAGGCAGUGGACUGUACUACAAUAUCAUCAUUCACCGUACGAGAAUGUGAGGGAUCCAGCAGAAUGGGCUCACGGCCACGACGCUACCUCUUCACAGGGCAUGUGAAUGGAAGUAUUCAGAUGUGGGACCUGACCACGGCAAUGGAUAUGGUUAACAAAAGUGAAGAGAAAGAUGUGGGUGGUCCUACUGAAGAAGAACUGCUGAAGCUCUUGGAUCAGUGUGACCUAAGCACUUCACGUUGUGCCACUCCCAAUAUCAGUCCAGCCACUUCAGUGGUACAGCAAAGUCGCCUGCGUGAAUCAAGCUCUAGCCUGCAGCUGCAGCAUCGUGAAACAAUCCAUGAAACUGCUACAUACGGCUCUGUACGGCCAUAUAGGGAGAGCCCUUUACUAGCCAGAGCACGGCGGACAGAAAGUUUUCACAGUUACAGAGAAAUGCAGGCUUUUAAUUUGAACAAAACUAUGGUAGACAGAGCUGUUCCUCAGAAUGGUAACCAGAGCCCUGUACAGACAGAAGUGAAGAGGAUAGGUGAAAACAUAACUGACAAAAAGGCUUCGGCAUCAGCACUUGAGGUAAGAGCUGCUAAAGCAGCAGAUGGUGGAGCUGAAGUUCAGAAAGUGCCUGAAGGUUUAUCAGAAAUGAAGAAAAGAGGAAUUGAUGAAGAAAAUGAAGCCAAAGCAGACAAUAAAAAGAAAAGUGGAUUUGAAGGAGGAGGAGGAGGAGGAGGAGGAGGAGGAGGAUUCCUGGGAAGGAAGAAAGUGCCUCAUCCGGUAUCUUCACCAAGUCUUGUGGAAGGAGGUUCUGAAACACUCGGUACAGCUUCCCCAUCACCUACAAGAACAACCAUUUCUCCACGGCAUAAGAAAAGUGACUCUUCCUGCCAGGAUUAUACCUUGUAGAAGUGCUGAAGGACUUAUCUCAAAACACUAAACUGGAUGAAAUGUUUACAUGUAUGCACCUGUAAUCCUGUCUUUCUAACAGAAUGUCUUUAAGACAAUAUAGGGAGGCUGUCACACACAAAGAACUUGACUUCACAGCACAACAAAAACAUUCUUAUGUACUCUAAAUUGGUGUUGACUUUGUAUUACGAUUAUUAUGAGGUCCAGUUCUGGUACAGACUUCAAGCCUUGUUUUAAUGCAGGCUGGCAUGCACUACCAUUUUUUUUGAAGGGGAGCAUUUUCUAUUGUAUGUAAGCAUUUCCCCCCCUUGGCUCCUUCCAUGCUAAGUGUUUAAUGUCUGUGGCCUGUUUGUCUAUAGUCAAUUCUCAGUUCACACUUUCAGCGUGAUUUCAUGUUGGGAAUAUUCAUGGAAAGAAAGCAGCAUGGCCCAUUUGCUUUUUCUGAUGGGUCACCAUAUUUUUUAUUAGUAUUAAUAAAUGGCAUACAUCAUAUGGUGCAAUUUGUUAACUUGAAUCACCCUGCAAUUCUAAAUGUCUUGUGACUGAGUAUGGUUGCUUUCAAACGUCAUUUUGCAUAUAUUUGGCUUUAAUAUUAAAGUAUAAAGCAAUUUAGUACUUUUGUAUGCCUUUUACUCUGGAUAGUAUAACCCAUUUAUUACUGGCAUGAUUGGCCUCAUCCUCUUAGAAAAUACUGGCAACAGGAUUUUCUGGGAGAAGGCCAUAGGGCAUUUUCAGACCAUGUAUAUUAAAAGUUUGUGAUCUGAACCUGUGCAAAGUCAGUUUCCUGGGGAGCUUUCCUGAUCUGCCCUUUACAUGCUCACCUGGGAAGAGGAAUGACGGGACUCUGAGCCUCUUGUGCGAAUGCACCAUGCCCAUGUGAGAAAGAAUUGUACCUGGCACUCAGACAACUUCAUGCAUACAAAGUAACAGCAAGAACAUGUUUUCAAGGGGGAUCAUCUCCAUCUCCUUCCAAGGGGAAGGGAGGAGCGAAGCUGAAGGGUGGUGGCUUGUCUCAGACCAUCUAGUUGGUGCAUUACUUGAGGCGAGCAAUGAGGUAGAGCUUUCCCAGUUUGCAACUUUAUUAGACAGUGUUUUGUUGCUGUGUCACUGAUGUACAUGCUACUUUAGAGGGUAAUACAAGCUAAAAGACAGGUCCCUGCUGUAUGUUGCUUAAAAGGUACAAACAUGAACAUGCUGUGUGCAACCUAAGUUGUAUGUUUUGUAGUCUUUAGCACUUCACAUAGUUUAUUAACAUAUUAAUGUUUAGGAAACGUUGUCUGUCACUUUCUGUAGGGGUACAACAUGUUGUAUAAUACAUUGUGGAAGGGAAAUGAAGAAUAAAAUGCAUCAAUCAAUCUA